AUGCCCCGCGCCGGAGCCCCCAUCCUCGAGGCGGCGCCGAGCCCUAAACCCACAGCCCCAGCCAGGACCCCGACGGAAGCGAGGGAGAAGCAGCGGGAGAGCCCGGGCUUGGAGAACGGCCAAAGCGAGAGUGAGCCGCGCAUCCGCACGCGGCAGACGCAGCCGCUCGCAGGCACCUCGCGCUCGAGAGCGCGGAGCUCCCCUUCUUCGGGCAAAGCGGGAGGGCGGCGCGGAGCCUUCCGAAGGCCCCUGGGGGGUCCAGGAGACAGGCGGACGGGCCCCCGGGCGGCGGACGGGCCCCCGGGCGGCGGACGGGCCCCCGGGCGGCGGACGGGCCCCCGGGCGGCGGACGGGCCCCCGGGCGGCGGACGGGCCCCCGGGCGGCGGCGCCGCGGCCCACCCCGGAGGCGCGCGCGCCCGGGACCUCACGCCCGUCAGCGUUUCCGGAGGUCGGCGGGCCGCUCUCCACCUCAGAGGCCGCGUCCAAGUCCGCUCUCCACAGCCGCCCAGGAGCGAGCGCUGGCGGACGGUGGGCGCAGGAGGGUGAGCGCCGCUCGGGCACCGGGGCCUGGGCUCGGAGGCCGCCCUUCCAGCUGCAGGUAA